UUUUGGAAAACCAUGCUACGUUUUUGCCAUGAGAACCUGCUGUGCUUAUGUAUUCUCUGACACCUUCUUGAUGAAGAGGAGGACCUUCUUACUGUUAUUGAUGGGCGGUUUAAAUGAAACUGGUUGGAGGACAUGAAAAUAAAAGUUGCAAUGUGUCUUGCCAUAUCUUGGGUCAGACUGAUGCUGUUAGAUGUUCCAGUUGACUCAUCGCUUCAACUUCACUUCAACAUGAAACAUGCCAGAAGAUCCUUGGUCCAGUAUGUUCCUAUUGGGCUUAGUCUCCUUCUUGGAAGAACCCUUUCAUGGCUCCUCCUCAGGGGAGAAGCGGUGCGAGCGAUUCCCAUCCUCUGAAGGCCAGAAACUGUGAAAUGUCGUCUCCGAGACAUCUCGUUGAGUCUGCCAAGUGUCUUUAAAAAGCUCAGCGAUCAGCAGCCGCUAGCUGAGCAGAUGAGCUGUCUCACCUGGGUUCGUAGGAGAAUAAAGAAAUGAAAGCGGCUCCAACAGCAGCUCUCAGCGGACCUAUUUGUCACAGCAAAUUAGAGCGGGCCCUCGGCAGCCCACUCAAAAACACGCACACACCCGCUCCCACGCUCACACCGUGCGUGAGAGGUUCCACGACAGCUCUGGCGAGCGCACCGCGCCUCCUCCCCGACAUCAGGCUCCUCGGUUCGGUCAGAGCUCCUGCAGCUGCUCCGCCAGUCAAUCAGAGCGCGUCCAUGUGAGCGUGCGCAGUUGCACCCAAACUGUGACUCCCCUCCUCCUCAGGUCAUGUGACUGUGGAAAAGCGUCCCAUUAAUGAAGCUCCUCUCCUGUCAGCGCCUUCAGCCGCAGGAGGAGCCGCGUACGGAGCUGAGCACGGAGCAGUGAGGUGGACAUGGAGGAGGAGGCAGCCGCGUAGCGCAGCGCAGCAGCGGGCGGAGAGAGGACGGGACCCCGCGCAGCACCUGUUGGUGACUCGUAGGGAGGAGCUGAGGUGGAGGGCAGGAGGAGAGAAAAAGAGAAGAAGGACCUCUGCUAUUGCUUUAACUUUUCUUGAAACUAAAUUUGGAGUUUUGAGUUCCGAGCUCAAACGGAACCAUGCGCACCAACCUGCAGCCCAGUGUGCUGCUGUGUGUAAACACGCAGUGAGAAGCUGCAGGUGUUUGUGAAACUUUACAGAUACUGAGACUGAAGUUAUUCCGUUCUGUUUCGGUUCAGCUCGGCUCGGAACAAUGCCUCGGCCCGGGAGGAACACCUACAGCGACCAGAAGCCUCCGUACUCCUACAUCUCCCUGACGGCCAUGGCCAUCCAGAGCUGCCCGGAGAAGAUGCUGCCCCUCAGUGAGAUCUACAAGUUCAUAAUGGACCGGUUCCCCUACUACCGGGAGAACACGCAGCGCUGGCAGAACUCCCUGCGCCACAACCUCUCCUUCAACGACUGCUUCAUCAAGAUCCCCCGCAGGCCGGAUCAGCCCGGAAAGGGCAGCUUCUGGGCCCUGCACCCGAACUGCGGAGACAUGUUCGAGAACGGCAGCUUUCUGCGACGCAGGAAGCGAUUUAAGGUAGGCGGUGUGCAGGUGACGGACCCGCUGGGCCCCAGCAAGCCGCAGGACGCCGCGCACUACCUGCAGCAGCAGGCCAAGCUGCGGCUGAGCGCGCUGCAUGCCGCCGCGCACCUCCCGCAGGUCCCGGCCGGGUACAGCCUGAGCUCCGUCACGCAGCCGUCAGGCUUCAAACACCCGUUCGCCAUCGAGAACAUCAUCGCCAGAGAGUACAAGGUUCCGGGCGGACUGACUGCCUUCCCAACCGCCGGAUACCCGCUGCACAACCAGCUGAGCCCGGCCUGGCCACACAUGUACGGGUCGGGCGUGAUGGACCCUGCCGCCCCCAUCUCCAUGUCCCCCGGGGACUACUCAGCUUACGGCAUGCCGUUGAAGACCCUCUGUCACAGCGGCCAGACUCUGCCCGCCAUCCCGGUGCCCAUCAAACCCGCACCCGGCCUGCCCGCACAUAUCCCGGCCUUUCUGGCCCACUCCCCGCGGUCCCUGAGCCCGACCUCCCCGCAAACAGCCACCGGUCAGAGCAGCCCUGCCGGCCCCGCAGAGGCGCUGCAGUCCGCGGUGGCAGUGCACUGAUCACCCCCGCAGGAAGCGCGGUGCAUGGAAAGCUACGAUGUUUCUUUGUGUUACUGAGACCUUUGACCUCCGGCAGAGCCCAGUUCGGAGCUGAAGGUUCGAUGGAUCCUGCAGAGACACGAAGGAAACCGGACUUGAUAUUUUUCUGUCUCACUUUGUCAGAACUGAAGAGAAAAGUUCAAUUAAACCAAAUAUUUCACCUUUUUUCCUUUAGUUUGUGUCUAAUGACUGAUGAGAAAAACUGGAUCUUCAUGUCGAAGCAGAGAACAGUUCUACCAACCAGAACACCGUGAUGGACCGCUUAGAGAAGAACUGAGGAGCUGGAGGCCUCGCUGGUCCUGUGUGUGUGUGUGUGUGUGUGUGUGUGUGUGUGUGUGUGUGUGUGUGUGUCUGCAUGCCGCCGUGUGAACAGUGUUUCUGAUGCAUAAAACGCAUGAAGACUAAAAGGUGUCUCCAGAAAAACAGGAAAUAACUGCAACUGCUCUGUUUGCUUUAUUCUCUCCAAUUUCUGCUUUCCUCAAACUUGUCAUCUGUGUAAAAUUUAAAGAACAUAUUUAAAAUAAGUUUAAUUUA